AGGCAGUCAGCAUCCUCCAGAACCACUUUUAGGCUGAUGGAUGCUGCGAACCAAUGUUUGAUUUCGAUGAGAUCGAGGAGAAGCUGCAGCAGGCCAGGGCCUUUGACGGAGACUGGCAUGAUGGUGAAGGCACAGUGGUUACCAUCAAGGGCACGCGAAUGCGCGGGGCCGAUGGUGCCGAGGUGGAGGUUUCCUUCCCAAGGGCGGGCACCAUUGCCUUCGGCGAUGGUGCGGAAGGCUUUGAGGGGAAGCUGGAGGCUGACAGGAUCCGCUGGAGCGAUGGUGCAUCAUGGGUCAGGAAAGCCACUGGCGCUCCCAUUCCGAGUGCGCCCCCAACCAGCCAGAGCAAGUCGGCUGGGCUACAGCCCAGGGAGAGAGCGGAGCCUGCCCGGGUGCCGCCCCAGAGGGUGCCUGCGGUGCCAGCCAGUGCGGGCAGCACGACCGCCAAGCAAGAGGCAGAUGCAGGGGUGAAAAAGCCAAGCAGCUAUGCGCCAGAGCCAUCCAGGCCGGCAAAGGCUGCGGUAGCUGCGAAGGCCGCUCCCAAGUCUGCUUCAGGACCGCAGGAGAGGCAGCAGGCAGACAGUUCGGGCCAGCGAUCCGAAGCGCAGGGCCGAGCUGCCUGGCGGGAGCGCUUUGAGGUGAUGAGGCCCCUCGUUUUCGUUCGGGAAUGUCCUGGCCUGAAUGCGGCAAAGGUCGCGCAGGUCAGCAGAGGUUGCAUGGUCUCGGGCGAAGUGGAGAAUGGCUGGCUGUGCCUGGACUCAGAGUCCCGCAUCACUGCCAAUGUGCCUGAGACGGCUGCUGGCGCUUACAUGCUGAUUGAUGGCCGCAAUCAUGGGCUGGGCCUCCUGCUGCAGUCGCGGGGGUGCCAUGGCAGCGGCAGGGACUCCCUCGCCAAGCCGCUGGAGUUUGUCGCGCUCACAAACCUGCGGAUGAGGGCCAAGCCCGACCCACGCAGCUCAAGUGGCGCCGUCGUCGUUCAGGGUGCGACAGUGGAGGGAUUUCCCGGAGCUGGGUUUUGGCUGGAGGUUGUUGGUGGGGGCUUUCUUCCCAUUACUUCGGCAGCUGAAGACCAUUUGGCUGAGGAGGUGAAGGAUUUCCUCGAACUGCGCGGGGCAUUGCAGCCUCUGGUGCCGCAGGCUUUCGCGGAAGCCAUCCUCGUGAGGUGGGAGCCCCUCCCGCUCCUACCAGCCACUCGCGUAGAGUACAGUUUAGAGUGGCACGAUCAGGAGGAGAGAGCCCGGCGUGGCCGAGUGAGCGCAGCCAGAAGAUGCAGCGCCCACCUGCGGUCCUUGCCACCAGCGGUUCCGCUCCGCGUGCGGCUUGUAGCGCAAGUCUUCGCCCCGCUGCCUGGAGGAACCUCCGCCGCGCGGGUGAAGGAGGAUCCCACCUCGCGGUCCUGGCAGGACCAGCGCCUCGUGGGGCGGUGGCUCUAUGGAGCUAUCGGCUAUGAAGCCAAGGCCAAGCCUUCGGAAUACCGCAUCGGGCGCCGGACUGACGGCUCGCUGAUUUUUGUAGGCCCACAUGCCAGCGGCACUGUGAUGGGCGCCUUGGAGCCGGAGGGCCACUGGCUUCAAGCGGAGCUGGCGGCUGCGAGUGGAGACAUUGUUGGUCACAUCCGCUUGUUCUACGAUGAGCAGGAGGAUGGGGUCAUCUCCAACUUUAAGAACAUCCAGAGCCCUGACUGGGGUCGGGACAUCAUAGCAAAGAAGGGCGGCGAUGAGGAGGUGCUGACCACCUUGGUGGGGCAGUGGGUGCCGGUCAGUACGGCACCGCCCAUCACACACGUCGAGGAGGAGGAGAACUGCUACGAUCCGCUCUGCAACCGGCGUGGCAAGUGUCAAAAGUGCUCCUGCCAGAUCUUCAUCAUGUCCGAGCACUUGCUGGGCCAGGAGUUGGAGGACAUCUGCUGCAGAAGAUGUGGCUGUUCUGUGGCUCAUCACGCCAAAGUGGGCAAGUACCGCUUGAAUGUGAACGGCCGGGUGACGGAGGAAACUCACGCGCCUCCACCACGCCCCAGCCCCGGAGCUGCCCCCAAGACGUCUCCCAUGGACGAAAUCCCCAGCCGCCUGUGGUCAGUGGAUGCAGCGGAUGAGGAUCCGGUCGACUUCAUCAUCAAGCAGCUGGAGCUGGCAAAGAAUCUCUAUGAAGUCUUGGGAGUUCCCCCAAGCGCUUCUGCGCUGGAGAUUCGUCAGGCCUACCGCGCAAUCUCACUGAGAGUGCACCCUGACAAGAUCAGUGGCAUGCCGGAGGCUGCUGCUUUGGCUGAAGACGCCUUCAAACUGGCCUCGUCUGCGUACGAAGUUCUCAGCGAUGAGGUGGAGAGAAAGUCCUACGACCGAGAGCUGCGCGCGGAGUUUGUGAGGCUCGCGAAGCCCAAGCCGAAGCCGAAGCCGAAGCCGAGAGCGCAGCCGAUCGCCAAACAGGAGCCAGCGCCAGUGCAGAAAAUGCCGGCUUUCUGGGAUACUGCAGACGGCGAGGGGGACACAGGCAGAGGUGUGGAUGAGUUCUUCAAGAAUCCAACAAUCGGCACCUUCAUGAACUCGCCUUAUUAUGGCGAGGACGGGGUGUUUGGCACCAGCGGCACCAUCAAGGAGAACGCGGCCGGCGGGUUCAGCUUUGAGCUGCCGGGCGGCGGUGGCAUUCACAUCGACAGCGGCAAUGGCUUCCAGCGACUCAAGCAGAUGGAAGACGAGAUGGCCAAGACAGGGCACAUCCCGCCGCACAUGUGGCCGCAGCACUUGUUCCCCCAGGCAACCCACGGCUUCUCCGUCAACACCAGCCCUGCCUUUGUGGGCAUGCAGCAGUGGGAAGAGGCCAAGGCCAAGGCCAAGGCCGAGGCAAAGCCCGCCGAGGCUAAGGCCAAGGCGGCCGAGCCCAGGUCUCAGGGUCAAGCGCCCAGGUUCAUUGGCCAGGGCCAGGCAAGUGCCAGGCAGAAGGUGAGGGAGGGGCACUCGCAGCUCAUUGAGCGGACUGAACGCUUAAAGGCAGAUCUUUUGCUCGCAACGACUACGGUGAUCGCCGCGAAGAGGCACGCAGCUGGCAUGGGCACCGCGAUAGCCGAGGUCGGUCCUACCGGCGGCCUCGCCAGCGCCCCAAAGCAGACAGAGGGCUACACACUGGCAGCAGGCGAAGAUGACGGGAACGCCGGGUAUGGCGACAGGGGCGCUCGGCGCAAUGACCGGAGGCCGCGAGAAGCUUUGGACAGCCGUGAGCCUUCCGGAUGGAAGGAUGACAGGGACUGGCGCGACGGCAGCCGAUCUCGACAGCAGGAUGAGUGGCACCGACGAAAGUCCAGUCGGAUACCAGAGAGAGGCGAUAGUCGGCCAGCGCGGCGGGUAGUCCGAGCUCCAGAGCAACGGCCAGCAAGGUGGCAGCGACCUCGCGAAGGUUCUCGAAGUCGUUCUCGGAGUGCGCAGGAUGGACGCGGGGGAUACGGGUACGGCUAUGGCCACAGCCGGCAAGGCGCACGGCCGGCCCCAGCCUCCCCACCGAAGGCGGACGUGGCCAAGCAGCGACGGAAGGCGCCCCAACCUCCGGCAAGGCGCGCGGCUCGGGGCCUCGAGGCUCGGGAUCUGCAACCUCAGGGCCGCACCAGGCAACCCCGAGAUGGGGACCAAAAGACAGAGCAUGACCCGUACCAGCUGAUUGAUCCCAGCGAGCACGUGCCGCCCCAGGUGAUCGUUCCGGAGAUCGAGCGCUAUGAGCCUGAGGAGGAGCCUCCACAGGCACAUCAGGAGCGCGGCGGCCGGCGCAGCCUCAGCCGCGGUCGCUUUCCGGACCCAGUCCUGCAAAUCAGAAGCCGCAGCAGCAGCUACGGCAGCUACUACAGCUACAGCUACUCUAGCUGGUCCAGAUCAAGCAGCUUGUCGCGAAAGCAUGACCAACACACCAGAAGUCCAUCAAGAGGACGGCAAAGUCGCCCCCCUGGUGUUCCUGUGGCCGAUGCGCCGCCAGAGCCGCCGCCCGGCAGUUGGUCGCCAGAGGUACCAACCGUGCCGUCGAGCAUCCCCGCGGCGCGCGAGCCGCCGCCGCCGCCGCCCGGCGCGCCCCCAUCGCACGGCCCAGCGCCUUCGCAGUACUCAGCAGGCCCUCCUGGACCUGGAGCCUGGGACUAUCGAGGGAGACAUCCUGGGCACUAUCCGUCACACACUCCUCCCGGCACUUCGGGGCAUUUUCAGCCGCCCCACUACUAUGGUGCCUAUCCGCCAGCGCAAUACCCGGGACAUCCACCGAGCUAUCCACCGCCUGGGUACGCCCCACCGUCCAUGUAUCCGCCCGAGAUCGGAUAUGGGAAGCUGGAGGCCCCCAGAGCUGCCGGUGUGCGGCGCGGGCGCCGGCGAGGUGUGCGCCAAGAUGACCAGAGGAGUGGCAGUGGGUCUCCGCAGAGGGGCCGGACCAAGAAGAAGAGGAGGAGAAAUCGGAAGCCGAAGAGCCCGGGAGAGCCACCUCCAAAGUGGGGCGAGACCUGGGAGGAGCCUCGUGCGGACAACGGCCUGAAGCUAAUCCAUGAGGUUGCACCGAAGGGCCUGUCGUGGCAUCUCGUGCUCCGUGACGAGUCUCGGCGCAGCUAUGCCGCGUACAUGCCAUCGCCGGUGCCCCAGUCUCGGCUUGCCGCCUUCUUCAAUACCAUCCGGGAUGGCACCGAUUGGCAGCAGCCCCAGGGGCCGCAAGGCCUCCUCAUGCCCCGGAAGACGGCCUGGAUGGUGAAGCCGGGCUGCCGCUGCCAGUAUCGAUAUGGAGGCGUGAUGGUGGAGCCACAGGCUUUUCCCGCGUGGAUGACGGACUUGAUUCGCACAUAUAUGCCUUACUGUGGUAAGACCAGGGAGGAGGAUUGGCCGGAUAGCUGCAACGUCAAUCUCUAUGAGGAUGGUUCUGACUCGGUGGGCUGGCACUCUGACAAUGAGGCGCUAUUCCAGGGCCUGAACGAAGACGUUGCAAUCGUCUCGCUGUCGCUUGGGCAGCCGCGAAAGUUUGAUAUGCGAAAGAACUGGCCAGAGGAGGGAGAGAAAGUCCAGGAAAGCCUGCACCUGGGGAAUGGUGCUUUGGCAACCAUGGAGGGCAUGCUCCAGAAGCACUACAUGCACCGCGUUGCCCGGGAAGCUGAAAGCCUUGGUCCUCGCAUCAACUUGACCUGGCGCUGGAUCAGGGCGCAUGCGCAGGCCUGUCCAAAGGCCAGCUAG